CUCCGUUACUCGUUUCCUAUUGGCUGCGUGCAGUCAUGUGACCAAAACAGUCAUGGCGGCCUCUGCUGCAGUCCGGUCGAGCAUGGGACUGACUUUGAGGCUUUCUCGAGUUAUCCCGGACUGUAGCACGUGUCCACUGUUCAGGUUAAAGUGUAAUGCGAAAAAUGCGGCUAAUUUACAAAGGAAGGGGUCCUUUGAUAGUUUCCGGACGAUAAACCGACACUUACAGACGAGUAUAGGUCUUUACCACAGUGAGGAGGGGAGCUCCAAUGCAGAGGACCCUGAGGAUGUUGUCAACGUGGUGUAUAUAGAUCGGUCAGGCCAGAGGAUCCCCGUGAAAGCUAAAGUGGGAGACAAUGUCCUCUACCUGGCUCACAAGCAUGGCAUUGACCUGGAAGGAGCCUGUGAAGCGUCUCUUGCUUGCUCAACAUGUCAUGUUUAUGUGAGUGCUGCUCAUUUUGACAAACUGCCAGAACCUGAAGAGAGGGAGGAUGACAUGCUUGACAUGGCGCCGAUGCUGCAGGAGAACUCCAGGCUGGGAUGCCAGAUCAUUCUCACUCCGGAGCUUGAUGGGAUUGAACUAACCUUGCCCAAAGUCACCCGGAACUUCUAUGUGGAUGGCCAUGUUCCCAAACCUCACUGAGAAGUGAAAUAGAGGGUGAAGAUGGGGUGUGGAGAAAAACUGGAGCUUUUAGCUUGGCGCUAGGCACCAUGUGUACUGGUUGAGUUUGGGAGGGGGGGGGGCAACCAUGGAAAAGGCAUGACAAGGAUAGAAAAGUCCAUAGCAACUCCCAAGAUGUCUUAACAACUGACUAAUUCUACAGUUAACCACUGACAGGACAGUCCCUGCAGAUGAGAUCAGGCAGAGUCAGACACUACAUCUCACAGUAGGUGAUGUUACUUGGAAAAAAAACAAACUUUAAAAAACAAAAAGAUGUUUAACAAAUCCUGUAUUUUUUGUUUUGUUUUGGGGGGUUUGUGGCACGUUCUCAGGCCAGCUUUAUGACACCAUUCAAUCAAACUGUUCUUUUUUUGGAAAAAAAAAAGAGAACUGCAGGGGAAGACUUUAUUUAACAGAGUUAAAUCUUUCUGCUGAUUAAUGGAACAUUCCUUGUUACAGCUCAAAUACGCACAAGUAUCACAAGAUUGUCAUUAUCGUUUUGGCUAGUCCAUUAUUAUCACUCUUGUCAGGUAUUAUAUGCAUAGCAUUUACUUUUGUAUGCACCAUGCUCAUUUAUACAUUUUUGUGUCUAUGAUGUAGAAGUACAUUCUCACUGCCACGAUCAUCCUAUUCUGCAAGACAGAAAAAAGCCAUAAACAGUCAUGUUUGCCUGAUUCUUAAACACGGGCUCCUAAGAAAUCAAAGCAGAAUUUAUACUAUUGAAACUUAUUUUGUAUUUGCUCCAAACAUUUCAGAAACAUUCAUGUGAAUUGCAUUUCAGAUAAAAAGGUGUUUUAAAGCAUUUCUUUGUAACUGUCAGUGAUUAAGGCUUGAUUAGAGGAUCUGGUCCAGCUGGUUCCAUAGCAGGAUGGUGGAAAUGGAAGUAGGACUGCAUGGAAGCUGGUGAUCUUCAUGUUACCAUAGUUUAAGUUUACCACAUCUACCUUUUACUCAAGUCUACUGUACUUGUCCAACUUGCGCACAAGUGAAUUGUGUAUUUUAUGUCUGAUGAAAUACAAAUAUUUUAAGUUGUGCAAUAAAAUCUGUUUAAAAAGA